CGAAGGUGGAACUUCGCGUCGGCAUCAACCGAUAAGGCAGAGCGGAGAAGAAGGGUCAUCGAGUGGGUUUGCUGGAGCCGAGAUUCAUGCAAGUCGUGGAAUAAUCGUCGGAGGCGCUACGUCGGGAAGGCGGUUCGGAGGGAGCUGAUGAGGAGAAGGGUUCCUCGCCGAGGAAGAAGAAAAUGAAAGAGGAGGUAGACACGUCGGCUUCCAUCGCGUCGAUGGCUAACCGGAAGCCGGAGAAAAAGGUGAGCACAGGGGAACUAGGAUUGCCACUCGUCCGUCUGGUGGGUGCACCGCCGCCAAAGACAGUGGCAUCAGAGAAGGAGUUGACGGCGGAGGGAACGAAGAGGGAGGGUAGCAGCUCUCCUUUCCCAAGCCCUAGGUCGUGUCCCCGGUUCGGUGAGUUGGAUGGCACUCAAGGUUUAGGAUGCCCAUCGCCACCACUUGGUCCAGUCGCUCAAACUACACCAAGGGAUAGUAUCAUGUCAACUCGAGACGUGGGAGGGAAGUUGGGUGAGGUCAGCUCAGGCCGGGAAGGUUAGCCCAACAAGCUAGAGAUUAGAGUGGAGUUGGCCUUUCAAGAGUCUGGUGGGCCCAAUACACUGGUGGCCUCAAUGAGGAAUGCAACAAGCUUCCCAACAGAAGGUGGGCUGACACCUCAGGUACGGGUUGGGCUACAAUUGGGUUGUUCGAUUCACUCUCUUUUAUAUGGUAAGAACACAAAGGAGAAGGAAGAGGAGUUUGAAAGCUUAGCUUUUGGGCUUUCAAAGGAACAUGGCCCACAAAGAGUGGAGGAAAUAACAAAGGAAGUGAUUGGGCUAGGUCCAAUAAAAAUGUUUGAGAGUCUUGAAGAGUUGGUACUUAAGGAUGAGUUCUUAAACAAGAAAGAAUCCUUAAAUUC